AUGGGCAAGGUCAAGAUCGGAAUCAACGGAUUUGGAAGAAUCGGCCGUUUGGUGGCCAGAGUGUCUCUUCAGAGAGACGAUGUGGAACUCGUUGCCAUUAACGACCCUUUCAUCACCACCGAUUACAUGACAUACAUGUUUAAAUACGACACUGUUCACGGACACUGGAAACAUAGUGAUGUCACCGUUAAGGACUCCAAGACCCUUCUCUUUGGUCAGAAGCCAGUCUCUGUUUUUGGACACAGGAACCCCGAGGAGAUCCCAUGGGCUGAAACUGGAGCUGAAAUCAUUGUUGAGUCCACCGGAGUUUUCACUGAUAAGGACAAGGCUGCCGCACAUUUGAAGGGUGGUGCUAAGAAGGUUAUUAUUUCUGCCCCCAGCAAGGAUGCUCCCAUGUUUGUUGUUGGUGUUAACGAGCACGAGUACAAGCCUGAAUAUGAUAUUAUUUCCAAUGCUAGCUGCACAACCAACUGCCUUGCUCCACUUGCUAAGGUUAUUAAUGACAGGUUUGGCAUCGUUGAGGGUUUGAUGACCACUGUCCAUUCCAUCACUGCUACCCAGAAGACUGUUGAUGGACCAUCAGCCAAAGACUGGAGAGGUGGAAGAGGUGCUUCAGUUAACAUCAUUCCUAGCAGUACUGGUGCUGCUAAGGCUGUUGGGAAAGUCCUCCCAUCUUUGAAUGGAAAAUUGACUGGUAUGGCAUUCCGUGUUCCUACCGUGGAUGUCUCAGUUGUUGACCUCACGGUGAGGCUGGAGAAGAGUGCCACCUAUGACGAUAUUAAAAAUGCUAUCAAGGAGGAAUCAGAGGGCAAGUUGAAGGGAAUUCUUGGUUACACUGAAGAUGAUGUGGUCUCCUCAGACUUUAUCGGUGACAGCAGAUCAAGUAUUUUUGAUGCAAAGGCUGGAAUUGCAUUGAACAAGAAUUUUGUGAAGAUCGUCACGUGGUACGACAAUGAGUGGGGAUACAGCUCACGUGUGAUUGACCUGCUUGUUCACGUUGCCAAGACGUGUGCAAAGUAA